UCCCUCCCCACAGCCAGGAAGUUUCCACACUUCUUGCUUUAAAAUCCUGCUACUCUCCCUGUUUUUAUCUUGUCCUUAUUUUAUCUUCUCUCUUUGUAGCCAUUGCUUACAUUGCUGCUUGUACCAUGAGUUAGACAGGCCAGCUGGAGACCAGGUGCCAUUACAUCCCUGGGUUUAUCCCAGCACUUCCUCACGUGAGGCAGCAAUACCAAAGUGAUAUUUCUGCCAUGCAAUGGAGCUGGCCAAGACUUGGGAAAAGAGACCACUUCUUUGAAUUCCAGGGAGAAGCCUAAAGUAGUAAAGCUGAAAACAGCAUUACUCCAGUACAGAAAGUAUAUAUAGCAUAGAGGGAUGCGUGUCAUGUAUGACCGGAGAGACACGUAAAGCAGAAUGAUACAUCUCUGCGGGGCAUCCGCGGGGUACUGCUGCAGGUUUAUCUUGAGCCACUUCUGAAGCUGAUACCACGAGAUCAAGAAGCAUACAAAUGGAAAAUCCUGAAGUGGCUGUGAGUAGCUCCAGUGCUCAGGAUGAUGAAAAUCUUUGCAGCUGCAGACAACGCCCAUCAGUAUCACAGCAGCUGCUUUUGGAAGACCAGCUUAGAAGGAAGUUAAAAUUCUUCUUCAUGAACCCGUGUGAAAAAUUUUGGGCCCGGGGAAGGAAACCUUGGAAACUUGGGAUUCAGCUACUCAAAAUAGCAAUGGUUACUAUCCAGCUCGUGGUUUUUGGAUUGAGCAAUCAAAUGGUGGUUGCUUUCAAGGAAGAGAACACUGUAGCAUUCAAGCAUCUCUUCUUGAAAGGAUACAUGGACAGAGUAGAUGAUACCUAUGCUGUAUACAGACAAACAGAUGUUUAUGACCAGAUAUUCUUUGCAAUAAACCAGUACUUACAGCUGCCCAACAUCUCUGUUGGAAACCAUGCUUAUGAAAAGAGGGGAGCAGAAGAGACAGCUCUGGCUGUAUGUCAGCAAUUCUACAAGCGAGGAACCAUCUGUCCUGGAAAUGACACCUUUGAUAUAGACCCGGAGAUUGUGACUGACUGCUUGUACAUUGAGCCAAUGAUACCUUUAGACAACAGAACUGUGGGAAAACACAAUUUGAAUUUCACUCUAGAUUUCCACAGACUAGUGACAGUACAGCUCAGGUUCAAUCUGAAGGCAAUCAACCUCCAGACUGUUCGCCACCACGAACUCCCUGACUGUUACGAUUUCACUCUGACGAUAGUGUUCGAUAAUAAAGCACAUAGCGGAAGAAUUAAAAUAAGUCUAGACAACGACAUAGCAAUCAGGGAAUGUAAAGACUGGCAUGUUUCUGGAUCAAUACAGAAGAAUACUCAUUACAUGAUGAUUUUUGAUGCUUUUGUUAUACUGAUUUGUCUGGCCUCAUUAAUCCUUUGCACACGAUCGGUGGUUAAAGGAAUUCGGCUCCAAAGGGAAUUUGUAAACUUUUUCCUAUAUUAUUAUAAGAAAGAAGUGUCUUUCAAUGAUCAAAUGGAAUUUGUCAAUGGGUGGUACAUCCUGAUUAUAAUUAGUGAUGUCUUAACUAUUGUUGGAUCAACUUUAAAGAUGGAGAUACAAGCAAAGAGUCUGACAAGUUAUGAUGUCUGUAGCAUACUCCUAGGAACAUCUACUAUGCUUGUGUGGCUUGGAGUCAUUCGCUACCUCGGUUUCUUUCAGAAGUAUAAUCUUCUCAUUCUAACACUGCGAGCAGCACUGCCUAAUGUAAUGAGGUUCUGCUGUUGUGCUGCUAUGAUCUAUCUGGGCUAUUGCUUCUGUGGAUGGAUUGUACUGGGACCAUACCAUGUGAAGUUCCGUUCUCUGAAUAUGGUUUCUGAAUGCCUUUUUUCAUUGAUAAAUGGAGAUGACAUGUUUGCCACCUUUGCAAAAAUGCAGCAGAAAAGUUACUUGGUUUGGUUAUUCAGUAGGAUCUACCUCUACUCCUUCAUCAGUCUGUUCAUCUAUAUGGUGCUAAGUCUCUUCAUUGCACUCAUUACAGAUACAUAUGAAACCAUCAAGCACUACCAGAAAGAUGGCUUUCCAGAGACAGAACUUCAGACGUUUAUAUCGCAGUGCAAAGACUUACCAAACUCGGGCAAGUACAGAAAUAUGAUGGCUCAGUCAGAUUUGGAUCUAACAGAAACAGCUCUAAAAGAAGAUUUGAAAUUUUACUUCAUGAACCCAUGUGAAAAAUACAGAGCAAGACAUCAAAUACCAUGGAAACUGGCUUUGCAGAUUUUGAAGAUACUGAUGGUUACUACACAGCUUAUCUUUUUUGGUUUGAGUAACCAGUUGGUGGUCUCAUUCAAAGAGGAGAACACUGUUGCUUUUAAACACCUUUUCCUGAAAGGAUAUUCUGGUGUUGAUGAAGAUGACUACAGCUGCAGUAUAUAUACACAGCAGGAAGCUUAUGAUAGCAUUUUUUAUGUUAUUAAUCAGGCACUAAGACUGAGGUGAAGCCCAGGUAGAAGACAGUAGAGAAAUAAUAGCUUUAUAUCCUCAAGAAUGAGCCAAUGUGUGAUACGGGCAUCAGAAAAAGGUCUCUCCAUAAAAUGCCUAUAUUAUAUAAAUGUAGAUAUACCCUCUGAGGAGCUUAAAAUUCAUGUAAUCUGGGUUCUUUGUCUUGUGGAGUUCCUGCAGUUUUUAUUGCAUGUAAACCUUUUAAAAAAUGUGGCUUUCAGGUGAACAUUGAGAUGUUCUUCAAAAAAAAAAAAACCUUCCAAGAAGGCCUAAGCCUAUUUUAUUUCAAGAUGGGCAGCUAGAAUCCACAGAUUUUUUUUUUUUAUAUGUACUAAACCACUGGGAUAUUUUCAUGUUUUGCAGAAAACAGGCUUCUCUACUUGAAAAGUACACAGCUUCUUCCUACUCUUCUCUUGGAGUCUGCUUUGGAAACUUCUAUUAUGAAAAAAGCCAUGCGGAGUACACUUGUAGCCUAUCAGCUGGCAGAGUCUGGAGUACCAAGAGGCUGCAGAACUCUUGCUCCUGCUGGUUACUCUGUCUUAGGCUGCUUGGGAAUGUAUACAUGGAAAUUUUGCUGUUACUGUUGUAUAGCGUGUUGUUUGAGAGACUUGUGCAUAGCUUCUACAGUCCUGUGAUACUGUCAGGAGGGCAGGGCCUCUAUGUGUGUGGACAGAACAACAGCUGCUAGAUGCAGUGAUCUGGUGAUGGCCUUGGACGGGUACCUAGUUGUGACUAGUUAUUCCUUCUACUCACUUGACACGCCUUAGUCAGACUUGGCUUCCUUAGUUUAUUCUGAUUUUAAGAUAGUGUUUUUGAAGGGUGCUGAGGCGGUGAUCUCCUUGGCUGUCUAAACUUCUUCAAAGCUCUGCUGUGAAGACUCGAAAGGCAGUGCUGGGAGGCAGAGUUUUGGAUGGGAACAUGCAGGUUGCAUUACAGCCCUUUUCGGACGUGGAGUGUGUGGCAGUUAACAGCUACUGGGCUCUUCUACUGUUGUAGGGAGUUUUACAUGAUGGAUGGAUGCAGAUAAUGCCCAUAGGAAAGAAGAAAUAGGGUAACAAUGGAUGGCUGUUAAUAAUCAGAUUGGUGUUUAAGGGGAGGAAGGUCUAAUCCAUAUCAAAAUCAGCUGAACGGCAAGUCUCUUAAGAAAUGAGAAGCCUUGUCUGACUUCCCAUGUUUGUUAACACAAGCCUCCUGGGAAAUACUUCCCAGAACAAUAAAUACUUCUGCAGAGAUGACCAAUGUUGUGUGCUGCCCUGAGCUGUUCUGUCAGGUGAGGUAAUGAUAAAAAUUCAUUAAUUACUAGGUGUUUAUGCUUUCUUCCUUAAAGGACCCUUGGUCUAUCUGGCUUCUCUUGGGCAAUGUUAGUUGAUGUUAAGCUGAAUGGGCAAAUGGCUGCUUUCAUGGUUAGUCAUAGAUGUGCUCUGCUGUUGGGGAGUCAAAAAUCAAAGGUGGUGUGGCACCCCCAGCUAUUUGCCUCAGCUACGCAAGUGUGGGAGGUGUGACUCCAAGGACAGAGGAUACAGCUUGCUUCUAGUUGCACUUGGAGUAAGUGAAGAGAGUGCCUUCUUCACAGACGAGCUUUCAGUUGCCUCUAUGCUCGUGUAAAGCGGACAAGUUAAAUAGCCUCUGGAAGCUGCCCAAGCUCUGUGCAUGCUCCAUGGAUGCUAGUUAUGGUGCACAUGUAGCUUUGCUCUUUUGUAGUCAUACAAGGAGCAGUUUCUCUCCUCUUAUUAGAGCAGAUUUUUGGGGACAAAGACUAAAACUGUGACUUAAAUUGCUCGUACUUUCAAUCUUGACCUCUUCUGCCUUCUGUAAGAUGAUUGCUUUAGGGGAGGGAUUAGUGAGGAAAAAGGAGGAGAAAUAUGAAAACUGUUUACUAGCCUUUUCAGGCCUUAAUGCCAAGUCUGAAAAGAUUUUAUAGUUUUUAAAUUUGUUCUUAAUAUUGUGCUUUUAACUGACCAUCCUACCAACAUUUGAGUUCAGUGUAGAAAAAGGUCUUAUGUUGCUUAGGGUUUUUUUUUAAUUUUGCUGAAUUUUAAUCAGAGAAUCUCUAAGUUAAAUGGUUUAAAAAAACACCUUCAUGAGAUGAAUGCAUAAAAUAUAUCCGUGAAGUGUGCGUAGUUAGUGGCAAUGCUGCACUGAAGUCAAUACCUGGCAUCUAAUUUAGACUCUCAUGCUAGCUUGUUGUAUGACACGUGUGUAAUUGCUUGCAGGCGCCCCAGUAGGUAUGGGGUUCCUAGUCACUGUAACCAGGAUGCCAAGAAUGCAAGUGGC